CGAGUUAAUCCACAUUAUAACUGCUACAUUGUCGAUUCGACCAAUUUACAUCACAAAUUCACAAUUUUCGCUUCUAAUUUUCUGGGUUUCCAUCAAAACCCUGAAUCCUUCCUCAUUUUUGGUGGGUUCGACUGAUUAGUUGAUAAUUCAUAAUAGGGUUCUUAACCUACCCAAAAUCCCAAAUUUUAGCUACCCAGAAAUUCAAUUUCUCUCCUUUCAAUCAGAAUAUGUUCCAAUGAAUUAACUUAUCCUUAUUAUUGCUCAAAAAAAAUCUUCUUUUUGGUUUGUACCCAAAUAUUAUAUCAAUCAAAAAUGCUUUCUACAUCAAGCUCAGCUUUGUUUCUUUCACCUUCAUAUCAUGGGUAUUCUCGUUCUACUAUAAAUCAUAAUGUUGAAGUUUCCAACAUGUCGAAUUUUUGGGUUUCAAUGCAGAGGAAAAUUGUAUGUUCUUGUAUGACAUCUUCAAGAAAUGUGAGCGAUGGAUUUUCCCCUUUUAAAUUAAGUGAUUCUUCUGAUAUGAAGAUAUUGAACUCAAUCGACGAACCCGAGGAUGAUUCAGAUGUGCUUAUUGAGUGUAAAGAUGUGUUCAAGUCAUUUGGGGAGAAACACAUUUUAAGAGGUGUAAGCUUCAAGAUCAGACAUGGGGAAGCAGUUGGAAUUAUUGGACCUUCUGGUACUGGGAAAUCUACCAUUUUAAAAAUUAUGGCUGGACUUCUUGCUCCGGACAAGGGUGAGGUCUUUAUCUGUGGGAAAAAGAGAGAGGGAUUGAUCAGUGAUGAGGAGGUCUCAAUAUCCGGCCUUCGAAUUGGCUUGGUCUUUCAAAGUGGUGCAUUGUUUGAUUCUCUUACUGUGCGUGAGAAUGUUGGUUUUCUUUUGUACGAAAACUCCAGGAUGUCAGAUGAUCAAAUUUCGGAAUUGGUAACUGAAACUCUAGCUGCAGUAGGACUGAAGGAGGUUGAGGAUCGGUUGCCUUCUGAGUUGUCUGGAGGGAUGAAAAAACGAGUUGCCCUGGCGCGUUCUAUUAUCUUUGACACCACAAAGGAUACUGUGGAACCGGAGGUGCUUUUGUAUGAUGAACCAACUGCUGGACUUGAUCCAAUUGCAUCAACUGUUGUUGAAGACCUGAUCCGUUCUGUUCAUAUAAAAGGUGAAGAUGCUGUUGGCAAGGUUGGAAAGGUUGCAUCUUAUAUAGUUGUGACUCACCAACAUAGUACCAUCCGAAGAGCAGUUGAUAGGCUGAUUUUCCUACACGAGGGGAGGAUUGCUUGGGAAGGAUUGACCCAUGAAUUUACCACCUCAACUAGUCCCAUUGUUCAACAGUUUGUAUCAGGGAGUCUGGAAGGACCAAUCAAAUAUUAGCAAAGGCUUUUUGGAGAACACGAGUUUAUUAAUAGGGUGUCGACGUGCAAAGAUAUUGUGUUGUCUGUUAGAGAAGAUGCUGGCGAUUUCGCUAUUGGUCUAUAGAAGCUGGUUGUUCUGCAAAUAUAACAAUGCAAGGUGACCAGAAGCCUCAGUAAUGAGACUGAACUGACAAUUGCUCCAACUCUCGCAUGUCUUACUGAUGAUGCUACAUGGAGGAUGGAAUGCAAAAUCCAACAAUGUUAUUGUUUACCGUUCAUACGGGUAGCCACACUUGUAAUCAAGCCAUCUGUGUUUGUCCUGUGAUCUGAGUAUAUACUUGUCACACAAAUUCAUAUUUUUUUUGUCAUUCCAUUUGUAAUUCCUUAGGUAGUUCCUGGGUGGCAAGUCAUUGUAGAAACUGAAGCAUUAGGCUUAUGUUAACCUAGGAACUGAUGUAGCUUCCUUUUCUUGUCCCUGAACCUGAUAUCUUGAGGUUUCUGGCAAUCAUAGCGCAUAAUAAUAAUGUGUGCAUUUUUGCAAAAA